CCGCCAUAAGGGAGAGGCUGAGGCUGCGGGCUGUGGGCGGAGAGGGCCGUCCCUCUGGCCGGAAACCGCCGCUAUCUGGGCCCGGCUGGACCUGCACCGCCGCGGAGUCGGACGCCGUGAGGGCGCCAGGGGGCGCUGGGAGGAGGGGGUCGCACGCGAGGCCGGGGGCCGGUUUGGGGAAGGACCGGAAGUGCCUGAAGUCGGCGCCGGAGUGCCCCUGGAGCGCCUGGGGUCCCCACAACCACGGACCAUGCUCCUGGUGCGCCUGAUCCCGCUGCUGAGGGCUGUUCCUCGGGCAGGCUGCAGUCGGCCCUGGCCGGCCUCGGGGCUGCUGGGCAGGCGAGCCUGCAGGCCCUGCUACAGCACACAGCCAGCCCGCCCAAGUGGAGUUGCCUCCAUCCCUGGGAAGAGGUUCCAGCUGGAGCUUGAGGAGAUGCUGGUCCCUAGGAAGAUGUCUAUCAGCCCCCUGGAGAGCUGGCUGAGCGCCCACUACCUCCUACCCAGACUAGAGGCCAGGGCCCCAGGGACCCUGGCUCCAUCCCAACUCUAUGAGUGUCCGCCUAGCCAGGUGGGCCAGGGGGCUGAGAAGGGGAUGGAGGAGGUCUGGGAUGCUCCCCAGAUGCAGUGCAAAAAUGUGCUGAAGAUUCGCCGGCGAAAGAUGAACCAUCACAAGUACCGUAAGCUAGUCAAGAGGACCCGGUUCCUGCGGCGGAAGGUCCGAGAAGGACGCCUAAGACGGAAGCAGAUCAAGUUCGAGAGAGACCUGAGGCGUAUCUGGCUGAAGGCAGGCCUGAAGGAAGCCCCUGCAGGUUGGCAGACCCCCAAGAUCUACCUGAAAGGCAAAUGAAUCUAGUGCUCCUCUCCCCUGACCUAUUACUGCUGGCAACCCACUGUAAUAAAUGUUCUGGAACUCCUCUGUC